GUUCUGUCACGCCCCCGCGGUCCGGGCCCUCGCGGUGCAUUCUGGAUGCGGUAGUUUCCGCCGUGUUUGUGGUUGCGUUCAGCGUGAGUGCUGAGGUUCAUAGGUUGGAAUUUAUCGGCCACCAGAAGAUUCCUGCCCUAUCGCCUGGUUCUGGGACUUGUGACUGACAUUGGCUGUCCCUGGAUGGUUGUUUAAUGGAGAGAACUCACCAGACUUCGUUGUAUUAAUAGCCCCAAAAGCAGAUCCUUGAUUUGUCUGUGAGAAAAUGAAAAUCAUCUUUUAAGAAAUUGUGCUUUCGUUCUUUGCCCCUCACGCCCAAUUCCUUAAUUAUGCUGUAGAAGUAGGGGCUUUAUGAACAUCUCUCUAAUUAUAUUUGGUGCUGAUCUCACCGCAUGAUGACUUUCUGUUUCACUGGUAUUCGAAGCCUUCCUAAGCUUUGGAAGAGCAACCCAUACCUUAGCGUAGGCCCAGGACACUCUUAUUUCUCUCUCUUUCUCAAAGACUAUUGUGGCAUCAGGAACCAACAGAAGUGGUUUUCUCUUAAAGCGGUAUCUCCACAAAAUACUAAAGCAGUGAAUCUUCUGAUUGCCAAGGCCAGAUAUCUCAGGAAAGGAGAUGAAGGCAGUAAUAAGCAAGUUUCUUCUGAUUCCCAUCUUUUUGCUGCUGGAGCAGCUAAGAAGAGAUCACAGAUGAAUACUCAUAGGGAAGAUCAUGCCUUGCCACCUGUGAGGAACACUAUUCAACUUCCAACAAGACCUCUGAAUUCAGAAGAGUGGGAUAAAUUCAAGGAAGAUUUCAAAGGAAAGGCUAAUUUUGAAAGUUGGAUCAUUUCACAAAUGGCUGACUGCCAUAGCUCUAUAGAUGUGGCCAAAUCUUUGUUAGCCUGGGUAGCUGCAAAAAACAAUGGUAUUGUAGGCUAUGAUUUGCUGGUCAAGUAUUUGUAUCUCUGCGUCUUUCAUAAACAUAUAUCAGAAGUUAUUGAUGUCUAUGAAAUCAUGAAAGCCAGAUAUAAGAGGUUAGAACCUGGAGGAUAUACUCUUCUCAUCCAAGGAUUAAUCCACUCAGACAGAUGGAAAGAGGCCUUGCUGCUGUUAGAGGAUAUCAAAAAAGUCAUGAUUCCUUCAAAAAAGAACUACAAUGAUUGUAUCGAGGGAGCCCUCCUUCACCAAGAUGUAAACCUAGCGUGGAAUUUGUAUCAGGAAUUGUUGGGUCAUAAUCUUAUUCCUAUGUUGAAAACUUUAAAAGCAUUCUUUGAUUUUGGAAAAAACAUAAAAGAUGAUCAGUAUUCAAACAAGCUACUUGACAUUCUCUUGUAUCUAAGAAAUAAUCAUCUAUAUCCUGGGGAAUCAUUUGCACACAGUAUAAAAACAUGGUUUGAAAGUGUUCCUGGGGAACAAUGGAAAGGACAGUUCACAACAAUCCAGGGAAGUGGUCAGUGUUCGGGCUGUGGAAAAACCAUAGAGUCUAUUCACCUGAGUCCAGAAGAGUAUGAAUUUCUCAAGGAAAAAAUCAUGAGGGAUGUGAUAGAUGGAGGUGAUCAAUACAAAAAGACAACCCCUCAGGAACUUGAGAGAUUUCAGAACUUUGUAAAAUGCUGUCCUCCUUUUGAUAUCGUCAUUGAUGGGCUCAAUGUUGCCAAAACAUUUCCUAAAGCUCGUGAAUCUCAAGUUCUCUUGCAUGUGGUCUCUCAACUAGCCAAGCAGAAUCUGCAGCUGCUGGUCUUGGGCCGAAAGCACAUGCUAACACAGCACUCCAGGUGGAGAAAGGAUGAGAUGAAAAAGGUGCAGAAGCAAGCCAGCUGCUUCUUUGCUGACAACAUCUCGGCAGACGACCCAUUCCUUCUGUAUGCCACGCUGCACUCAGGGAACCACUGCAAGUUUAUCACAAAAGAUCUGAUGCGGGACCACAAGGCCUGUCUACAUGAUGCCAAGACCCAGCGCCUCUUCUUUAAGUGGCAGCAGGGCCAUCAGCUAGCAAUCAUUAAUAGGCUUCCAGGAUCAAAAAUAACCUUUCAGCAUAUCCCCAGUUAUGACACAGUGGUGCAAACAACUGGAGACUCAUGGCACAUACCAUAUGAUGAAGACUUGUUGGAAAGAUAUUCCUAUGAAGUGCCAACCAAAUGGCUGUGCCUUCACCGAAAGACAUAAAGACUAUACCCUAUGCAGAACUUGUGUUUGGGUGCCCUUCUGGUUGGCAUCAGAGCUCUUCAGUCAGUGCUCGCUUAGAGCAUUGCUCCUGUGUGAUCCACUUUGUCCUGUUUGGUCCAGAUGUCAACAAAUUGAGGGUUUUUUUUAAAUUAAAUAAAAUAUAUCUUUUCAUAA